AUGGAACAAAUGAAUAUAGAUCAAGUGAAUCACGAGAAGGGGAAAAAUGACGGUGGAAAUUUCAAGGUCCCAGUUGACGACAUAAAUAGUAUCGAUAAGGAGUUUAGCGAUUUACAGAAAUUGAAGAUGAUGAACGAAGGCGCAGAGAUGCAAAUGAACCAGUCAGGUGGUCUCGAUUCUCAUGAGAUGGAACAGGAGGAAAUAAACAAUCGAUCCAUUUUUGUGGGAAAUGUGGACUAUUCUACCCAGCCAGAAGAACUUCAAUCUCUCUUUUCUGAAUGUGGUCUUAUAAAUAGAGUAACUAUUUUAGUGAAUAAGAAUACUGGGCAUUCAAAGGGAUAUGCAUACAUCGAAUUUGCCGAUGCGUCUUCCGUACGAACUGCCUUAUCCCUUUCUGAAUCCUUUUUUAAGAAAAGGCAAAUUAAGGUUUGCAGUAAAAGACGAAAUAUCCCAGGAUUCAAUCGACCCAAAAUUAGUCCAUUUAGGGGGCGAUCAAUGAAACCAAGUUUGGGCCCAAGAGGGAGACUUAGACAACCAAGCUUUAGACCAUUUUAUAGAGGAAGAGGAUCAUACAAGAAAAUCGUUACUAAUCCUUACGAACGAGCAUAA